AAACUCUAAAUAGAUCAAAGUUUUGUUUUUCAACACUCUGACGUGUCCGAUCUAACACAAAGGCUAUUCUUUAAAUAAUUAAAAUUUAGUUGACAAGGACAGAACUGAUGUAGAAUUCGCCAUGAAGCUACCAAGAACUGAAGAACAGCUAGUGCUCCCCUUAAACUGAUACUAACGACAAAGACCGUGGCGACCCACGGCUUGAUAUAGCCGUCCACUAACGCUAAAGGACCAUGGCGUGAACUUGUGGAUAGAAUUUUAAACCGAUUGAAGAGUCAGGUUUGUCACACAGUGGCUCCAGAUGCAUGGCCAAGUCAUGAAGACGCGGCGAUCGAGGGAUCUAUAAAAAGGUUAGAACAAUCACUAAGGGCCGCACUAAGGAAACGAUUCGCCGUGGUAUAGACACUAUCUAAUAAACAGCAUUAAGGGAUGAGCAUUCGUAAUUUGCCGUACCGCUGUUAGAGAUGUAUGGCCCGUGAUAUCAAUUUAUCUGUCUUGUAAGAGGUAACGCAACAUCCGGGCCACUGAAAGUGACACUGUUCGGCGAUUACGGUUAUAUAAUUUGUAAAUUAUCGGUAAUACUUUUUUACGACCUUUAUCUUGUGAUGGUUGGGAUAUGCUCAAAGAUACCGAAGGGUGUGUAGAUCUAGCGAAAAAAAACCCCAGAGGACUCCGAACAGCUAACGAGGAAUGUAGAAUAUCUGCUUUCUUGAAAAACGUUUAAACUAUUUCUUACAACAGCAAUAAAUGAGUAUGGCGAUGACUUUCAGUAAUCUCAUAGGCAUCGUGUGGGUCUUUAUGACAGUUUUCCUGUUGGAUUUUACUUCCGGUAGAGGUUGCUACAAAGACCUGAAAAUCUACAUCGUAAAGCUUUCACACGAGGAUCAGCAUGGACUUAUAGUGUCUGCUAUGGAGGACUGCUACAAAAAAAUCCAGGCAACGGACCCAGUGCAAAAAGGUCUCCAUUGUCCUGCCACAUUUGACGAUAUCAUGUGUUGGCCGGAAACGAAGGCCGGGACAACGGCAGAACAGAACUGUCCGGAUUACGUCAACAACUUCAACACUAGAGCCAAGGCCAGCCGACGUUGUAUGGAGGACGGCGAGUGGUACAUUCACCCGGAAACCAAUGGUACCUAUACCGACUUCCUCCAGUGCGCGCACACCGACGCCCCACGUGAUGACCCUUUGAUAGAUCACUUGCCAAACAUAGGAAGAUUAUACAUGAUUGGUUACUCCAUAUCCUUGGUCGGUCUCCUCAUAGCCGUAUUUCUGAUGCUUUGGUUCAGGAGAUUGCAUUGUCAAAGGAACGCCAUUCACAUCAAUUUAUUCGUUUCGUUCGUUUUGCGAUCCGUAAUAUGCCUGAUCAAGGAUAUCUUUCACACUCCAGAGGGCAGCACUACUGUUAUCAAUAACACAGCGACCUUGACCACCCUGGGAUCGAACUGGUCCUGUAAACUGUUUUUCUCCGUCUUCAACUACAUCAUCGUGGCUAACUACGUGUGGAUCUUCAUCGAGGGACUCUAUCUCCAUAACCUUAUCUUUAUCACCACAUUCAAGAAGAGCAAGCGCUUCUACGUCUACAUUCUAUUUGGCUGGUGUUCGCCAUUACUCUGUGUUGUUCCCUGGGUCAUCGUACGCAGAUACCUGGAAGACACGCUAUGCUGGAGCACGCACAGUUUGGACAAGAAGUAUGUGUGGAUCAUCCGGGGACCUAUCGUCAUCACUAUAGCGAUUAAUUUUUUAUUCUUCUUGAACAUCAUACGGGUACUUUUUACGAAACUUACAGCGGUACACAUGAGUGACCCUCACCGAUACAGGAAGCUGGCCCGCUCCACCCUGGUGCUGAUCCCGCUGUUCGGGGUCUACUACAUGAUCUCCGUCGUCAUGCCUGAGUGUAUGGACCCCGGGGUGGAGCUCAUCUGGCUCUAUGUGGAGAGCGGGGUUAACUCCUUCCAGGGUCUCAUUGUUGCUGUCUUGUUUUGCUUUGGAAAUGGCGAGGUCCAGCAUGAGAUUCGUAAGAAAUGGAACCGCCGCUGGGCGUUACGUCGACUGAGCACGCUCUCCACGCGCUCCACACGGACUCUGUCCCUGGGCUCCGCAGUGUUCGUCCGCGACAAACCAAAUCCCUCCGCCAUGUUUUCUGACGUCACAAUAAACGUUAACGUGGACGACAAGCAGUGUCGCUUGGAGAUGGACGAUGUGAAAAGUGGUGAUAAAAUGACUAAUAAUAAUUUUAUCGAUGACUCCCGUAAAGAGGGCGUCCGGAGCGAGGAGGAAAGUGACACGUUAUUGUGAACACCAUUAUAAUAGUUUGUGCAGCUACCGAAUGUUAUAAAUAGUGACCAGUGACGCGCGUUCUCUCGUGUAGAGAGCGGGCGUAUGUAUUUACCGUUGACGUUGUUUAUCAUUGUUUCCUGACUCUAAAUGUGUGAUAUUGUCAUCCUAUGUGUGUAUUCAUACACGUGUACAGGUAUAAUUUUGAUUUGUUCAAUAUGAUAUUAAAUAAGUUUAAACAAUUUAAA